GCUGUGAAGGAGCAACGCGCAAGGCGGAGGAAGGGGGGAGGCCCCUCCCUGCAUGAAGGGGGGGGGGGGGGUGACCCGGAUGGCGCGCGGCCUGACUGAUGCGGUUCCUAGAACUGGGCUGGCACUGAGGAACCGGGGCGGGACGAGACAAGGCGGAGGCCAUGGCCCCUAGAGCUCCUGCUCGGGGGUGCACAAUCAAAAAAGUUUGGAGACCACUGGUAUAAGAGAGAAGAGAAGAGGACCCAGGACAGAGCCAUGGGAUAAACACCCACAUAGGGAACUGGACAAGAAUAAUGAUCAAGCAAUGAAGACUGAGAAGGAACAGUCAUACACAUAGGAAACGAAUAAGGAGAGAGCAGUGUCAAGAACACCCAAAGAAGAGAAGAAGGAAGGAGCAAUCAGCAGUGCCAAAUGCUACAAAGAGACCAAAGAAGAUGACACCUGAGAAGAGGCACCAAUUUUGGCAAGUAAAAGGUUGUGCCAUUUCCAAGCCCAACUUGAUCACCUGGAUUGAACAAGGGGAAGAACCAUUCAUCAGAGAUCAGGGAAACUUCGGGACAAGAGACCUGACAAUUGGUAUCAAAACUGAUGAGCAUCUUGACUUGAAGUUCACCAAGAUGCAGCUGCUUUGUGGGGAUUCUGGGUCUUCACGUUCAAAUCAACAGGAAAGCCAUGGACAUGACCCCCAAAAUGAGAACUGCUCUAGGCUCUUACCAUUCCAUUGUAGUGAGUGUAACAGGGGCUUCACCCACAAGUCUCAGCUUGCCAAUCACAUUAGAGUUCAUAGGCCGAAGAAAUAUUUCUGGUGCGCAGGUUGUGACAAGAUCUUUGCUGGAAAAUACGAGUUACUCCGGCACCAGCUUCUACACACAGGGGAGAGACCCUUCCAGUGCCCUAAAUGUGACAGGAGAUUCCGCCAAAAGGGGCAUCUUCUUAGGCACCAACGCCUGCACACGGGAGAAAGGCCUUUCCAGUGCCCAGAGUGUGAUGAGUGCUUUAGGCUAAAAGCUGACAUGAAGGCCCAUCAGCGCCAGCACAGGGGAAAUAAGCCAUUUUCCUGUAGUGAAUGUGGCAAGAGCUUCACCAAACAUUGUUAUCUCACUGAGCAUAUCAGACUGCAUACAGGAGAAAGACCCUUCCAGUGCCCAGAGUGUGGCAAAAACUUUCGAAUGAAAGCAGACAUGAGAGUCCAUCAGCAAAGACACCUCAAGGCCAGGUCAUUCUGCUGCAGUGAAUGUGAUAAGGCAUUCCCCAAGCAGUCUAAGCUCACAGCCCACUUCAAGGUACACACAAAGAAACAGCACUAUAGGGCCCUGCUGUUUGGACUGAUGGACCUUGACUGGGGUUGAGGCAGAACCCUAACAUAUGAGAUGUGAUUACUGUGUACAGCGAGUCAGUGGUACAGUUGGAAGGGGCUUAAGAUGUUAUCUAGUUCAACCGUUCUGCAACAGCCUUAGACUGAACCAGAAUCAUAUCCCUAUAACUAAUCUAGUCUAAUCACUGUUAUAGUUCUUGGCAGGACAAGCAGUUGUUUGGUAUCCUGUCCAAAUAGCAUCCCUCCAGUUGUUCAGAGGAAAGUCUGGCCAGUAAUGUGAAUCACUGGGUGAUGCUUCCUUUGUUCAAGAAUAAAACUAAGAAGCAGGGAGACUGAUGCUCUUAUGUGGCUCAUUGGCUAACACUAUAAAGAGGUUACCAAAAUCAUUCAUCUCUCUACUGAUAAAAUAUUCUCAUUCUUCAAAUUCUCUAUAAAACUCUAGGAAGUUAGGCCCUAAAAGACUUAACAACAACCCUGAAUAAACUUAAAUAAUGAAAGAAUAAUUGCUAAUUAGUGCCUUUAGUCAUUUACAUUCAUUUUGAGUGGCCAUAUGUUAAUCCAUUGGUAACUGUGAUUUAUGGUAAGAGAGAGAUCCAGUUAUUUGAAUAACUAUGCCCAUAGAUAUAGCAAUCAUAGGUAAAAUAAUUAUAGAACUUAGAAAUAGUCAUAGAUAAAAUGUGAUGCUCAGUAAUAGAGAUAAAGACAGCUAACUGUUGUAGUCAAGAGUCAAAAAGCAGAGAAAACCUGAAAGGUAAUGAAAAUGGACCCAAGAAGCAGAUGGAACAGUCAUGAGCCAGCAGGGGAAGAAUUCCAUGGAAUUCCAAAGAAGAUUCAAAGGAGAAAACUGUUGGCCAGAACUAGGUCUGGUCACUACUCUUCUCACUUCUCUGAUUGACACUUUCUCACCAGAGACUGACCAGAGCUAGGGAGCAGAAUUGGUUUUCCAUAUACCUUUUCCUACCUGGCUGUUGCUGAAGAAGUGUUUCUGCUUUAUUGUUAAAGAUCAUCCUGAAUCAUCAUUUUACUCUUGAAAGACAGUUUGAUCUCCCAUCAAAUAUAGUUAUAGAAAAGAUAGGGGUAGGAUCUCCCCAGUCCCUCUGUCCUACCCUUUCCCUUUUUAUCUUUCUUUUCCCCAAGAAUAAAUUUGCCAUUUAGUAUUCCAAAGACUGUCUCUAAAGUUUGUAAUAGGAGGGAAGAUUCAAAGCUCAAAGAGUAGAAAGUUGGGAGGGGUUUGACUCACUCUUGGUCAGGUCCAGAAUUCAUUAAGCUUAGUGGGGAAAAAGGAAGUGGCUACACUUUAAUCAGCCCCCUCUAGCAGCUGGUUUCCUGUUCCUCACAAUUUGAUGCCCCCUCUCUCAGUCCCACCAUUACAUUGUCUUCUAUACUUCCAUAUACUCUCUGGGUUGUAACAUUAAAGAAUUAAGCCUCUUA